AUGUACGUCGACGUAGAUGAAGCAGAUGUUACAAUUCUCAAUCAAAAUUUAAACAAAUCAAUAGAAUUAUUUGAAAAUAUAUCAAAAUCAUUACAUAUAAUGUCAAAUAAAUCAAAAACUGCUUCAAAUACAAUUAAGCCAGUAUUGAAAGAUGUAAAUGAAUUAAUAGAAUCAAAAAAGGGAGUAGAAUCAUUAAUUAAUACCCUUAAAGAAGUUAGUGAAGCAGCUGGAAAGGUAACAAGUUUUGAACAUAUAUUAAAUGAUAAUAUUGAAUCAAUUGGUUUAAUUAAAUAUAUGAAUUCAUUAAAUUCUGCAAAACAAUUAUAUAAAUCAAUACAAUCAAAAAGUGGAAAUUUUAAAGGUGUAGUAGGUAAUUUCAAUAAUUUGAUAAAUAAUUCAGAAACCAAGGUCCAAAAUUAUCUUCAGUCAUUAGUCAAUUCAGAUCCUAAUACUUUAAUCAAUAAGAAACCAGAUAUAAAAUAUAUUUUCGAAUAUUUUACCAAAGACAAUAAUGAUGAACAAAUCAAAAAACAAUAUAUAACAGCUAGAUCUCAAUUCAUGAUCAAAAAAUUGUCAAUUCUAACUGGUGAUUGUCUUAAGACUACAGCUCCAUUUGAAAAAGGCCAACAUUCAAUUAAUAAAUAUACUGACCUAUUUCUAGAUUCAACAUCUCAAGAAUUCGCAGUUAUAAAACAAUGUCAAAUUCCAAACAUACUACCAAUAAUAAUUGAAAAUGUGUUAAUAAAUUACAUUGGAUCCAUUAUUUCAAAAUAUCAAUUUAGUGAAGAUAGUUAUUUAUUAAUUUUAGAAAUUACUGAUAAUUUAAUUAAAUUACAAUAUAUUUUGAAAAAUAAAUAUAGUUUACUGAAUAAUCGAUUCAAUUUAGCAAUUGAAGAAUUCAUAAAUGAUCAUAGGAAUAUAUUUAUUACAUUUGUACAUCAAACAGAUUCGAAAUUUAAUAUUGGUAAAUUAAAUGAACAAAUUUCACAACAGUUGAUCACCGACAUCCUAAAUAAAUUGAGAAAAUUUUCAGAGUUUAAAAUUCCACUCAUUCAAUUAAUUUCCAAAUUUCAUCCUGGUCAAUGGUUAAUUCAACAAAAUCCACCAGUUAAAUUUGUAAAUGUUUAUUCUUCAGUUAUUCCUAAAAAUGAUGAAAUAAAACCUGAUUAUUUAUUAUCUAGUUUUUAUAGUGAUAUGAUUGAUUGUAUUAUGAUAAAUAUUGAAAUUGGAUUAAAAAAUACAGAAUUAAAGAAAACAAUUCAAGGAUUUAUAUUAAUUAAAGAUAUGUUUAUGGUUGAAACGAUUAUAAAUCGAUCACAAGAUCUUUUCCAAUCAUUAGGAAGUAUAGGACAAGAAAGAAUGACAAAAUUAAAAAACCGGUUCUUAAAAAUAUUUCUUGAUGAUUUUUCACAUUCGAGUUAUAUUAUUAUUCGAGAUAUGACUUCAAUUGCCACAUCACAAGCUAGUUCAACUUCUGGAAAUGCUACUAAUUUAACUUCAAAAGAGAAGGAAAAUGUAAAAGAAUUGUUUCAAAAUUUUAAUAAGUCAUUUGAAGAAGCAUUGUCAAAUUAUCAAAAAUUAUCCUUUGGUGAUCAAAUUUUAAAGAAUUAUUUAAUUAAUGAAAUCAAAAAGAUGAUUGUUCCUAGUUAUAAUAAAUUGUAUGAUAAGUAUGGAAAUUCAGAUUUUACAAAGAAUAAAUCUAAAUAUGUUAAAUGGGAUAAAUAUCAAUUUGAACAAUUAUUAAAUAGUAGUUUAUAA